AUGAUAAAUAACGAGAAAUUGCUGUUUGACUCGGCUGCCUGUGAUCGCCAUGGAUUACUGGAAUAUCCUGCACCUGACGCAGUGGGCAGCGGCAGGCAAUCUCGAAGCAGACUGCCAUUGCAAUCUGAAGCAAUGCGAUCAGGAUACAGCGAGUUUCCUGAAAUGCAGCCAGACGAAAGCAAAAUGAAGCGUGCAUUGCAAGUCAAAGUGCCAAAGGGGUCGGUGCCGGACCUGCUUGAGAUUGCUAUUCCUGUAUUUUUUUGCAGCAUUCAUCGAGGCUCGCGCAAGAAUCCGCUACGACAGCGCAUGCAGCUUGCCACAAUCGUGGAAAGUAGCGAAAUAACAAAGGGAAGUGAGGCAGAGAGAACAAGGUGA